AUGGGUUGCUGCUGCAGUUUAGAUUAUGAUGAUGAUGACUGGGCUAUAGACGCUGAAAUUUGUGAGGUGUGUCAUUAUCCUAUUGAUCCAGCCACCAAGCCACAGAAACCCACUUUAAAUGGUUCUGAGUUGCACACUCCUCUGUUGGCGGCCGAAGGGAUUCCUCCGCCUAGUUCACCCCUCCAAGAUAAACUUGUGGUUGCCCUCUAUGACUAUGAAUCAACUCAUGAAGGCGAUCUGCUGCUUCGAACAGGAGAACAGCUGAGGAUAGUAGAAGAGACAGGGGAAUGGUGGAAAGCUCAGUCUCUCACCACAGGGCAAGUGGGCUAUAUACCAUGCAACUUUGUCGCCAAGUUGAACACACUGGAACAAGAGCCUUGGUUUUUCAAAGCCCUCAGCAGGAAGGAUGCCGAACGACGCCUUCUCAGUGCUGGUAACACACACGGUGCUUUCCUCCUUCGAGAGAGUGAAUCCACCAAAGGCUCCUUCUCCCUCUCUGUGCGAGAUUUUGACCAGAACCAAGGAGAAGUUGUGAAGCACUAUAAGAUACGAAAUAUGGACAACGGCGGGUUCUACAUCUCUCCUCGUAUCACCUUUGACAGCUUGCACAGCCUGGUAGAACAUUAUACCAAUAACGCGGAUGGGCUUUGCACCCGCCUAACCAAGCCCUGCCAAACUCAGAAGCCACAGAAGCCCUGGUGGCAGGAUGAGUGGGAAGUGCCCCGGGAGAGCCUGAAACUGGUGGAGAAACUGGGAGCAGGGCAAUUUGGUGAAGUCUGGAUGGGCUACUAUAAUGGACACACCAAAGUGGCCAUCAAGAGUUUGAAACAAGGCAGCAUGUCGCCCGAAGCCUUCCUGGCUGAAGCCAACUUGAUGAAGAAACUGCGCCAUGCACGCCUGGUGCGGCUGUACGCAGUGGUGACUCAAAGGCCCAUGUUCAUCAUUACAGAGUACAUGGAAAAAGGCAACCUGGUAGAUUUUCUCAAAGCUGCAGAAGGCACUAAAUUAACAAUUUAUAAACUGCUAGACAUGUCAGCACAGAUAGCAGAAGGAAUGGCCUUCCUGGAGAAGAAAAACUAUAUCCAUCGUGACCUGCGGGCUGCCAAUAUCCUUGUGUCCGAAAGCCUUUGCUGCAAGAUUGCAGAUUUUGGGCUGGCCCGCCUUAUGAAGGACGAUGAAUACACUGCUCAAGAAGGAGCAAAGUUUCCAAUUAAAUGGACAGCCCCCGAGGCCAUCAAUUAUGGAACAUUCACCAUCAAAUCAGAUGUCUGGUCAUUUGGGAUCCUACUGACUGAGAUCAUUACUUAUGGCCGGAUCCCUUACCCAGGAAUGAGCAAUCCAGAAGUCAUCCAAAACCUGGAACGAGGGUACCGGAUGCCACAACCGGAUAACUGUCCAGAAGAGCUGUACAAACUGAUGCUGCAAUGUUGGAGGAAUAACCCAGAGCAACGGCCCACUUUUGAGUUCCUGAAAGGGGUCCUGGAGGACUUUUUCACUGCCACGGAAGGACAAUAUGAGCAGCAGGUGUAAAGAUGGCUUCAAACCAGGAUCCAUGGUACACUAUUCUCACAACCAACAGAAAAGAUGCUCUUUUGAAGACUUCGCCCUGCAUCCAAGAUGGCGGUGGGGGGGUAGGAUGGAGAAGAAGGGCUUAUUGGGACCCCAAUGACUUCCAGAGUUCCUGAUCUCUGGCAAACUUCCCCCUUUUUUCAAAAGGAAAAGAAAACCAACAUUCAAAGGUGCCCAGAAGAACUGAGACGGAGAGUUCUCGCACAUGCU